UUUCAAUUAUCAGCUACUCUUGCUGGCCAUUCUCAAGAUGUUAAAUCACUGAAAUUUAUCAAACCAAAUACUCUUUAUUCUUGUGCUCGUGAUACGACUGCUCGGAUUUGGAGUCAUACCAAUUCGAAUGAUUGGUCCGAUCAAACCGUUUUUCAAAACUCAAAUCCAGGAUUUCUUAACGCUGUAUCGCAUGCUAAGAUCGAUGCAAAUCCAGCUCCUAAUCAACCGUACGAGCCUCGAUAUGUACUUGCAGGUCAUACAUCCAACGUAUGCUGUUUGGAUGUCACAUAUGGGACGACAGAUGUUCCAGCCAUCUAUAGUGGAAGUUGGGAUUGUACUGCGAUAGUUUGGCGAAACAACGUACCUCUUUACACCUUAGAAGCUCACUCUGCAGCUGUAUGGGCCAUCAUCGGUCUCGGUGAUCAAUUAGAUAGUGUUUUGACUGGUGCAGCUGAUAAUUUAAUCAUGUUAUGGAAACUCGGGAAAUCAGUUCAAACUUUCAAAGGUCAUACUCAAGCUGUACGUGCUCUUGUACGAAUGCCAAACUCUUCGGAUCACUUUGCAUCAGCUGGAAAUGAUGCGACAGUACGGAUUUGGAGUUUGGCGGGUGAGAUGUUAAAAGUCUUGGAUGGUCAUGAUUCGUUUAUUUACUCUUUGGAUGCCUUUCCAAGUGGGCAACUGAUCUCAUCUGGCGAAGAUCGUACCGUUCGAAUCUGGGAUCCCACCACCGGUCAACUUUCUCAGACGGUCACGGUACCAGCUAUUAGUGUAUGGACGGUGUCAGUUUGUCGGGAAACAGGCGACUUUGCAUGCGGCUCGUCUGAUAGUAUGAUUAGAGUGUUUACUCGAGCGGCAGAGCGUCUGGCCGCUCCCGAUGUGUUGACCGCCUUUGAAGACAGCGUCAAAGCCAGUUCGGUACCAGCGGCUACGAUUGGGGAUGUAAAGAAAUCUGACUUACCUAGCGUUCAAGCUUUACUCGCACGACGCGGAAAGAAAGAGGGUGAGGUAGCGAUGGCAAAGAAUGAAACAAAUGGAGCGGUAGAGGCCUAUUCAUGGGAUGGAAUGAAGGGUGAUUGGACGAUGGUCGGAACAGUAGUGGAUGGGAUUGGUUCUUCUAGGAAACAGCUCUAUGAAGGAAAAGAAUACGAUUAUGUAUUUGAUGUGGAUAUCAAGGAUGGUGUUCCUCCUCUCAAGCUUCCAUUUAGUGUCUCGGACAAUCCCUAUACGGUCGCACAGAAAUGGUUGGCAAAACAUGAAUUACCGGAUACCUAUGUUGAUCAAAUCGUGGAAUUCAUCGACAAGAAUACCUCUGGCGUCUCGAUUGGUAGC